CCAGCCCCUUCCCCAGGCUGAUCCUGCGGGCUGGGACCUCCCAGCCGGAAAACACUGCCCUUUCCUGUCGCCUACUCCUUCCACAGGCCGAUGACUCUCAGAGGAGGAGGAGACGGAGACCGAUUAAGAAAAUUAGCAUUCAUUAACCCGGUUCGAGCUCAGGCCCCCGCGGAGGGGAGGGGCGCGCCAGGCGGCGGCGUCAGGGUGACCGGCGGGCGCAGGUGCCGCCCCAGGCGGAAUUUUACGCUCCCGGGCCGGCAGCUGCACCACGAGACUUGCGCCUCGUCGCGAGUCUGGGGCAGCCGCCAACAGCUUGCCCCUACUUUAGGCAAAUCCCUUUAAAAGACCCCGAGGGAGAAGACACGCCUCCCCCUGGACUGGAGAACCUGUAGCGUCUGCAGUUCGUCGCCUGUCCGGCUGCUUAGCCGGUAGCCCCGGCAUCUCCAGGGCGCUAAGUCCACUCUCCGGGUUUUGGCUGCAGCUCCGAGGGGAGCGAGCUGGAAACUGACAGAACGCGACCCUCCCCCUCCGCGCUCACCCGAGCCCGGGCUGCGAGGGACCUGGGGAGCUGCGGCCGGGCCGGGGCGGCGCGCUCAGGUGGCUUCGCUUCCCUGCGGGUCACCGCCCCCCACGCCGGAACCUCGCACAGCUAGGUCUGCCUGUUGGGAUCAGGAGAGGUGGGCGCACGAGGUUUACUGCGGGAGUCCGGGGUGCGGGCGGAGUCCUAUUGUCCCCAUGCACCCGGGCGGCAGCACCUCGGGGUCCCUCUUUAAACCGAGCGUGUGGCGACCUUUCUUUGUGCUAAGGGAGCCGAACGCGGGUUCUUCUCUAAGGGAAGUCGCCUACUUGGAGAUGGCGCUGGGGAGGUAACAAUGGGCGCCCAUUGUCCUCCGAGGGUCCGCCGUUGACCCCCCCUGCGCGCGCCCGGCCGCCUGUUGGCCCCAGGCCAGGGCACAGGUACCGCGUCCGGGAGGGUCGGCCCCGCCGCCCGCGCCCUCCGCCCCGCCCCGCCCCUGUCCGGCCCCGCGCCGCCGGCCCCGCCCCGCGCCGCCCCGCCCUCCGCAGGUUCAGUCCUCGCGUCCGGCCGCCUAGCGCUCAGUCGCGCGCACCUUCUCUCGCGGCCGAGGGGCUGCGGCGCGGGGCCAGCCCGGAGACCGGGCCGCGGGCCUGGGGAGCCUUCACGCCGUCUCGGAGCGGAGAAUGCGGUGAGCAGGCGCCGCGCCGGCAGACCUAGCUGGUUCUGCACGCACGGGCAGGCUGGUUCUGCGUGUGCCCGCGGGGGGCUCGGGGCAGCGGUUGAGAUCCUCGGCAGCGGCCGGUUUUUCCUGGUGGUGGUGAAGACUGGAUGAUGUAACUGGCUCUCUAGGAAGCCUCACUUGGCCGUAGCCUCUGGAAGGUUCUCUUUGACCCCAUCUCAAUUCAUAGUGACUUCUGAAGCCACUUGAGAAAAAUGAUGUGACAGUUCCUAUCAAAAAGGAUUUUUCAGAAAUAUAUACCAUCUGAGAAGAAAGUGGCCCUUUUUCCCUGCUUGCAAAAUAGACAUCCUCAAAUUCCAAAAUGCCAGCCAAGACCCCAAUUUACCUGAAAGCAGCCAAUAACAAGAAAGGAAAGAAAUUUAAACUGAGGGACAUUCUGUCUCCUGAUAUGAUCAGUCCCCCGCUUGGAGACUUUCGCCACACCAUCCACAUCGGCAAAGAGGGCCAGCACGACGUCUUUGGAGAUAUUUCCUUUCUUCAAGGGAACUAUGAGCUUUUACCUGGAAACCAGGAGAAAGCACACCUGGGCCAGUUCCCUGGGCAUAACGAGUUCUUCCGGGCCAACAGCACCUCAGACUCUGUGUUCACAGAAACACCCUCCCCAGUGCUCAAAAAUGCCAUCUCCCUCCCAACAAUUGGAGGGUCCCAAGCUCUCAUGUUGCCCUUGUUGUCACCAGUGACAUUUAAUUCCAAACAGGAGUCCUUUGGGCCAGCAAAGCUGCCCAGGCUUAGCUGUGAGCCCGUCAUGGAGGAAAAAGCUCAGGAGAAAAGCAGCCUGUUGGAGAACGGGACAGUCCACCAGGGAGACACCUCGUGGGGCUCCAGCGGUUCUGCCUCUCAGUCCAGCCAGGGCAGGGACAGCCACUCCUCGAGCCUGUCCGAACAGUACCCCGACUGGCCGGCCGAGGACAUGUUUGACCAUCCUGCCCCCUGUGAGCUCAUCAAGGGAAAGACUAAGUCAGAAGAGUCCCUCUCUGACCUUACAGGUUCCCUCCUCUCCCUGCAGCUUGAUCUUGGGCCCUCACUUUUGGAUGAGGUGCUGAAUGUCAUGGAUAAAAAUAAGUAAUAGGAUGCCAGCUUUUUUCCUGUGGGGUAAAAGGUACAAAAAAUAAACCGCAGUUGAAGAGAAAGGCUUCCGGAGCUGUAUUUGCAGUUUUGUGAUGGGUUUUCUAAAAUAAUAUUCUUACAAAGUAUUUUUCUACCUGUUAUGCUCUGUUUGCAAAAACAAUUUAGGAAAAAAAUAACAAAGCAAAACCUGUGUUGGCAAAUCAGAGCCCACUUUCAGCAGGCAUUGGUGAUGUUUGGCUCAUGUAUUGUUUGCAGACACACAAGAAAUCUGGCUUGGCCAGGAUUGGCACUAGCUAUGAAGGGCUGGGCGAGUCACAUUAAGGAACUUUACAGCACUCCUACAUCUUCUGAGCAAAAAGGAAGUCAAAAUUUAUUUAACACCUAAGCCUUUUUUCUAGACUCUUUUCUAUAUAUUGCUUGGGCUCACCAUAGCGAAUUCUCCAGUGUUAAAAACUUUUCUGUUUUCACAUUUGAACUUUAUGGGUUUUGGGGAUUUUCUUGUAGUUCUUAUAUAUCCCUAUAUAUUAUAUCUAUAUUGCAAAUUUUGACUGUCAGCUACUUGUUGGUAAGACACAGGCGAAGUAUUACUGUAACUAAGUUAUUUUUAAAGUUAAAAUAUAUUUUUACGUGCCUUUGGCUUUUUAUUGCAGAGUCUACAUUUUAUAGAUCCCACAUCAGAUGUUGUCACUUGACUUGUUUCCAUUGGGAUUCCAUUGUAAGCUGUGUAUGUGUGUGUUUGGAAAAGUGUAUUCAUACUUAGUUUUUUUCUUUAUGUUAUCAUACUUUUAACAGCAACCAAUAAUGGAUUGUAAAGUAUAAAGGCACAGGUUAUUCAUGAUGCUUCUGCAGAGACUGUGGGCUACACCACGUAAUGUUAUUUGGAAAUAUAGGUAUAUUAGUACAGUACAUACUUGCAUUACAUAGGUACUUCAAGCAACACAAUAAAGAGUAAAUGAUAAAGUGAACUUGCUUGUUUACAGUAAUAAACAAGACCAUAAGAGUCUAAGUCUAGCUAGAGAAAUUGCUUCUCUGAAAUGUACAUGAGCCUUUCAAAUAAGAAAUGAUUAUUUCCCUCUAUUCUAAUUUUGAUUACUUCCUUAUGGUUUGAGAGGCUAGAAACUGGGCCUCUCUACUUUAGGAUAAAUGAACAUGUCAAAUUUUUUUCUUUUUAAUGUCAAUACUGAUCCACCCUCUCAGUGCCCAUUUCUGAGCAUCUUCCGAACUUGAACACCUACAGCAAACUCUUGCAAGUCCAGUUUCAUCCCUGUAAGACAAAUGUCUGUUCAUGCAGCAAAUGCCAUAUAGACAAGAUUAAGGCAGCUAAAGCAGGGGCAGUAGAGAGCACUUACCCCACCCCAAGGUGGAUGUUGGUUAAGGAAACAGGAUCAGGAAAUGUACACAGAGAUUCCUGUCCCUUUGCCAACCACUCCUUCCCCCUCAAAGAAAAACACUUGCACCCAAUAACUGCCAGCAACUUCUCUUAAACGUAUAUUUCUCCUUGAAAUGUAUCUUAGAAAUGACCUCCUCCCAACCACUUCAACAAUUCUUUCUUUGGGUUUGGGGUUCUUGCAAUUCUAUCGUCUAAAAUAACCUUUGGACUGCAGGUGAAAUGCAAUUAGGAUUACUAACCCGGUAGACAGAACGAGUUCCCCUAGGCAGGGGUGUCCAGUAUUUUGGGUUCCCUGGGCCACAGUGGAAGAAUUUUCUUGGGCCACAUGUAAAAUACGCUAACACAAACCAUAGUUGAUGAGCUUAAAAAAA